GGGUAGUAUUGGGUAAUUAGACGCGCCCCCGAGGGAAUAACAAAUCUUGGACCAUCGGCGAGACCUGUCCAAAGGUUGUGAAGAGAUGGAUAAGUUUAAGUUAAGCUGGCCAACGAGGUUUGAAGUACCGAUACCUGAACCGAUCAGAAAGAAUAUCUCAUUUAUUUUGACGGUGACGACAACUUGCGUGAUUGGAGCAGUGAUCAUAACAAAAUUUACGAAGUCAAGGAAACGCAGUCGCAGGAUCAGGGACAAGAGGGAAUCCUGUAGGGAUGCAUGUAGGAGGCUAGCUGAACAGCUGAUGGAAAACGGUCUGACAUUGGCUGAAAGGAAUGCAAUCUUGGAACUGUCAUUUGAGGAAUUAAGACUGAAGUUACAGAAGGGUGAUCUUCGGUGUGUUGAUGUGCUGCAUGCCUACCAGUCAAAGGCAAUUCAAGUCAAUGAACACCUGAAUUGUGUUGUUGAGCCGAUAUGGGAGGCAGAGGUAUUAGCUUUGGAGAUGGAUAUGAAAACUGGCAAGAAAGGAUAUCUCCAUGGUAUACCCAUCAGUGUCAAGGAGAACUAUUACCUAGAGGGGUAUGACUGUACUGGUGGGAUGUCCAUCUAUCUGGAUGAUUGUGUCACUGAGGAGAACACCCUCAUAAAGAUUCUAAAGAAACAAGGUGCCAUUCCAUUUGUGAGGACAAACAUUCCACAGUCAAUGAUGACGUACGAAUGCUCCAACCCUAUCUACGGCCAGACUAAGAACCCUCACGACGUCACCCGAGGCCCAGGGGGAUCUUCUGGAGGGGAGGCAGCACUCAUAGCGGCCAAAGGGUCUAUCUUAGGGUUUGGAACUGACAUUGGGGGCAGCAUCCGUAUACCAAGCCACUUCUGUGGUGUGUAUGGGCUUAAACCAACUGUAGGCCGAAUAAGUAAAAAGAAUAUGCUGCCGUUCCAAAGUGGUCAGACCCUGGUACAGGCAGCAGCCGGGCCUCUAGCCAGUGACAUGGGCGGUCUGGUGGCUGUGAUGAAAUCACUCCUCGUCCCAGCUAUGUUUGAACAAGAUCCGACAUGUCCUCCAAUCGAGUUUAGAAAUGAGAUUUUUGAAAGUAAGAGACCAUUGCGAAUCGGGUACUUCCUGGACAAUGGAUAUAUAACACCAGUCCCAGCCUGUCAACGAGCUGUUUCCUUGGCGACAGAAGUUUUACAAACCAGAGGUCACACUAUUGUCAAAUUUGAUCCUCCAGACAUGUAUGCGUGCUUUGAGCUAUUCCUCUUGUCUACAUUUGGGGAUGGGGGAGAAUCAUUUAUAGAAGCUUUAAAGGAUGAUUUGGUUGAUCCUGCGCUAAAACUGGCCCAUAUGGGCCUCAUCCUGCCCAGAUGGCUGAAUUUAUUUCUUGGCUGGGUUUUGUCCAAGUUUGGUCGUGACAAAAUGAUGUACAUAUUGUCAAAGAGUAUGAGAGGUCCAGGGUCUGUUGGCAAAUACUGGAAGAUUGCAGAAAGAAAUGAGGCCUAUAAGAAGCAGAUGCUGAGGAGGUGGAGAGCUAACAAGCUGGAUGUACUGAUUUGUCCUGGCUUUGCUUUCCCUGCUGUUCGUAGUGGAAACGUGUUUAAUGUCAUGGGUGGCGUUACGUACACGGUAUUGUUCAACCUGCUGAAUUACCCAACAGGCAGUAUGCCAGUUACCAAGGUAACAUGUGAAGAUGAAGCAAAUAUGGCUGAUUACCCUAGUAAGACAGCAUAUGAGAAAGCGAUGAAAAAGGACAAUGUCGGGUCUACAGGCCUCCCUGUUAAUAUUCAGUGUGCAGCCCAACCCUACCAAGAAGAGUUAGUUCUUCGUGUAAUGGCAGAAUUGGAACAAGGAUUAAAGGCCCAAAAUUAAAAACAGUCUCUUUAUCCACACUUACCAUUGAACUUGUUUUUGUGGAAAUUGUCUUUCACAAUGGAAUCCAGAAUAUUUGUCAGAUUGUCGAACAAUGUUUUACUAAAUUAAUUGUAAUGUUUUACAUAUAAUUUGAAGUUUCCCUGUGAGAGAUUGUAGGUUUUCAUAUUCAUCCAAGUUGGGUAAGUUAAUUUUCAAUGUUAAGACAUGAGGAUUCGGCCCGAUUGCUGAGUGUCUCUUCCAAUUUGAAAAUUAACUAGUGAGAGUUAAGAUAAACAUGAUACCCAGCCAUCACAAGUUUGGAGACCUUUUCCUCCUACAAUGGUCAGGUUUAUUUAGAAAAUCACAUGUAUCAGGUCCAGUGUUACCCACUAGUUUUUUCAAUGAUUCAUUAGUGAAGAAACCUUUAGUUUGUGGGAUGAAAUGUUUCUCCUUCUUUUGCACAUGUAUGAUACAUGUGACAGUGUCCCAUGUAGACAAGCCA